AUGGCCCCCUCCAUCCACCCUCUCAUCGACAACGGCAUCACCAAGGGUGACCCCAACUUCCCCGGUGGCACCAUCCAGUGUCUCUGCCCCUCCAACCAGGUCGUCGUCGCCCUCAAGAGCAACAUCGCUCACAACCACGCUUGCGGCUGCUCCAAGUGCUGGAAGCCCGCCGGCUCCCUCUUCUCCGUCGUUGGCGUCAUCCCCCGCGACAACCUCAAGGUCGAAGCCAACGAGUCGAAGCUGUCCAUCGUCGAUCCCUCCGCCGUUAUCCAGCGCCACGCCUGCCGCGACUGUGGUGUCCACAUGUACGGCCGAAUCGAGAAGGAGCACCCCUUCCGCGGCCUCGACUUUGUUCACGCCGAGCUCUCCAAGCAGAAGGGAUGGCAGGAGCCCCAGUUCGCUGGCUUUGUCUCCUCCAUCAUCGAGCAGGGAUUCAACCCCGAGGGUAUGGCGGCCGUUCGCUCCAAGUUCAGGGCCAACGGACUCGAGACCUACGACGCUCUGUCUCCCCCUCUAAUGGAUCUGAUUGCCACCUUCACUGCGCAGAAGUCGGGUAUCAAGUUCUCUAACCUGUAA